GUUGAGUUGAAUUGCCUUGGAAGUCCAGCCAGAAGGAUAUACGCACAUUCGUUAGCCAACCAGUUUUGGAUCUCUCAUCAAUUCUUUGACCUAUCUAACCACACAAACCCUUUCACCCUCCUUUCCCAUUCGAUUCCAUUCUCUUCACCUCUCAUUUCAAUUCCCAGGUAUUUCCAUACUCCAGUUUUACCCUCUAAUUUCGUUUUACUUUUUUUUUAAUUAUUCUUAUGUCUCAAAAAUUAGGGUUCAAUUAUUUCCCAAUUCAUUUUUCUAGGGUUUGAACAAUUUUCAACCCUUUUCUUUCAUAGCUUAGGAUCCUUUUAUUUUUAUGGAAUUUGAUUGCCUACAGACUACUGAAGUUUCUCAAAAAUUGAUAAAAAAUUCAGCUAUAGGUAUAGAUAUAGUUGAUCCAAAUACAAAAUCCAAUUCCAAGGAAAUUUCAAACCCUGGUUUUGUUACAAAUACCAAAUCUGAAUCUGGAAAAGGUGAGAAUUUAAAGGGAAAAUUGAAGUUAAAGUUGAAGAAAGGAAUCAAAGCCUCUGCAACUGCUUUGGAUCAAUCAUCAGGUUCUGGUGAUGUGGUUGAUGCGGUUCGUCGGUCCAUCACCGACCUUCCUCCUGCAUUGAUAUCCGAGAUUCUCAAUUGCCUUGAUCCCAAAGAUCUUGGAAUUGUUUCAUGUGUUUCGUUGAUUCUACGUAGUCUUGCUUCUGAGCAUCAUGCUUGGAAGGGAUUCUAUUAUGAAAGGUGGGGGCUUCCGGAAGCUCAUGUGGCCGCAUCGGAAUCUGGGGUUGGGGACAGUGUUACAGAUGAAAAGUCAUGGAAGGAGAUUUUUGUGGAAAGGGAGUUUAGGAGUAAGACUUUUAUGGGAAGGUAUAGUAUGGAUGUGUUGUAUGGCCAUACUGAGGCAGUUAGGACUGUUUUCUUGUUGGCUUCUGCAAAGCUCAUAUUUACAUCUGGGUAUGACACUGUUGUGAGGAUGUGGAACAUGGAAGAUGGGUUGUCGAUUGCGUCGUGUAGACCUCUUGGCUGCACCAUUCGUGCAGUUGCAGCAGAUACAAGAUUACUAGUUGCUGGUGGUACCGGUGGGUUCAUUCAUUGUUGGAAGGCUGUUGAAGAACUGCCCCAUCUGUUUGAUCUUAAAGGCUCGCGAAAUAAGAAUACCGAGGUUCGACUAUGGGGUCAUGAUGGUCCGGUUACUUCACUUGCUUUAGAUUUGACAAGGAUUUAUAGUGGUUCUUGGGACACGACUGUUCGCGUGUGGGACCGUCUCUCGAUGAAAUGCAUUGUGGUGUUGAGGCAUAGCGACUGGGUCUGGGGACUUGUCCCUCAUGAUACUACAGUUGUCAGCACGUCGGGCUCAGAUUUGUACGUUUGGGAUACUAAUAGUGGUACUUUGGUGAGCAUUGUUCCAAAUGCUCAUGUUGGUAAUACUUAUGCUUUGGCGAGAAGCCAUUCAGGUGAUUUUGUUUUUACCGGAGGUGAAGAUGGUUCAAUACGUAUGUACGAGAUUGUUCGUGAUAGCUUCAUGACUGAAGCACUGCAUGUUGCUACAUGGGAUCCUCACUCUGGUCCUGUGCAUUCCCUUGCCUUUGAGUUUCCUUGGCUUGUUUCUGCAUCGAGUGAUGGCAAACUGGCUUUAAUUGACGUGAGGAAGCUACUACGAACGAGCAAGCGUGUUCUAUGGAAGAGAGCUUCAAAGGCAAAUAAUUCGGGCAAAGUUAAUGUAGAGCCUCCACAGAGGAUGUUGCAUGGAUAUAAGAACAAUCUUUACUCUGUAGAUAUAGGAGCUGAUCGAAUUGUCUGUGGAGGUGAAGAAGGUGUUGUCAGGGUUUGGAAUUUCACAGAAGCUCUGGAAAUUGAACGCAGAGUCCGUGCAUCGAGAGGAGUGCGAUUAGAGAACAGAAUGAGACGGCGUAAGCUCCAAACAGAGCUCAGCAGUAAAGGUGGUAGGAGUGAUCAAUGUUCUGUUGCGGCCAAGAAAAAUUCGGUGCCUUGCAUUUGGCCGAGAGGUGGAAAGACGAAGGCGUAGUAAUGAUUGCUGAAAUCAACCGUUUCCUCUAAGCACCAGUUACCUAUCCUCUUAUGUUUUUUUUUGCAAAAUUGAUAAAUACUGUAUUUUGGCUUUAAGCAGGUAAACUGACCAAGUGAAGUUUUUUCUCGUUUACUAUUAUGAUUUAAUGAUGAGCAUCUCACUCAAAUAAUUUUCAAAUGAUAGUGUUUCUUUGAGAGAA